UCCGUGCAUCAUCAGAUUACUGGCUCUCGGACACACAGAGAGAGAGAGAGAGAGGGAGAGAGAGAGAAGAGGCAGCGGCAAAAUCAGAAACCUAUAGAUAUACAUAUACAUACACACAUACAUAAAUACAUAUAUGUACUUCCAGUUUAUCUAUCUGUCGUCUAAAUUUUUAAAUGGAAAACAGGGGGAGUGUUCAUCGCAAGAUCGAUGCAGAGGAAGUUAUAUCGAAGCUAAAGGACGAUGGCGAUUUCGAUAAGCUCCGUCUCAAGAUCAUUCGCAAGCUCAAGGAAAACGAAGAUCUGCGUAAUAGCAUUAUCUCCAUGGUGAAGCAAUCAGCUGCCCUUAAUUGUCCAGGAGUUGAAAGUAUGAAACCCCGGCAACUUUCUGAUGCCAUACAUCAAGAAGUUGGGGACAAAGUGAUGAGCCAAGUUUCGGAUAGUCUGUGGGAAAUAAUCAGAUCCAGUGAUAGCAUGAAAAGUGAAAUUACUGAAACAGUCCAGUCUGUUUACAAUAAAUUGUUAAACCCUAGAGGGAAUGAAGAGAGAGGAUCAUCCUCGCUAAAUAGCUUGAUGCCAGUUCAGAAGCAAGCUGAUAAUAUUAUAUCUCAGACAGCUUCUCCUGAUGAAGUGGUUGGCAUGUCCGAUAAUGAGCCUGAGGAACCGCCAGGUUUCUCUUUGUUGAAUAAGAACAACCACGUGGAGCAACCAAAGGAGGAGCUACAGCUGCCUAUGCCUCAUCAUAGGAGACCUGUUCAAGAGCAAGGCAAAGAGUCCAACCACACAGAUGAUGAGAUGGAUGAGGAUAGUGGCCCACCUGGCUUUUGUCCCGGAGGGGAGUCCAAGCAACCAUGCGGUGGUAGUGAUGAUGAUCCUGAUGUGCCUCCAGGUUUUGGUUGAUGAGUAAUUGUAAAAUUUGUUUUGUCGCUGGUGUAUACAUACCGUAGACAGCCAUCAGACUCGGUAGACCAUACAGAAGAGGUUUCACUGUGAGUAGUUGCAGAUUGUUUCUUUCAAGGUUGUUUAUAAUCUUGGCAAUAGGUGAGGAAUUCGAAUCUCUAUAUUUAAAAUGGUUUAAGUUCAGAAGCUUUAAGAAAUGUUGAUAAGGAUUCAUUUUCUAUUCAAUGGCAAUCUUGGUAUCUGAGUUUUAUCAGAGUUCUACACGAAUUGCAGAGCUUUCAAUAACUUGAUCCAUUAAAUGCCGUAGUAUGUUCCAUUCGAAAUUUUCUUUAUUAACUGAAUGUUAUAAUGGACUCCUUA